UAAACAAGAUGGCGGAACAUGAUAAAUCCCCGCUUCUAAAAUUUGACCAGUUAGACGAUUAUGAAACACAAAGACAACAAAUUCGUCACUUGUAUGAUAACAAUGAGCGAUCAAGUGGAGGUGACGCUUCCAACGACGUAAUCACGAUCAGUGGCAGCACAUCGGCCUCUGUUCUUGUUGAACCUGAUAAUGUUGUAGCAAUUUUUGUUGUCGCAUUUGACACAAGAACAGGUAAUCUUGUGGAAUGGUGUUCACCAGAAGAAACUGACCUUGAUGGGGUAGAGUUCAAGGCCAUGGCUAGUGGUUCUCAUACCCUGGACAAGGAUUUUGUCUACUUCCGGAAGGAGAACCUGUACGGCCUGGCUUGUUUUGAAAAUAUGAAGGUUGAGAGUGAGAUAGAGCGAGGAGCACGGAUGAAGUCUGUUGGGAUCCUGUCUACAUCCUACACCUCCCUGUACAAACACAUGCAGUUCCUGGAGACACAAGUCAGACAUCAGCUGGAGGUGCCUGGUAUAUACACACAGCUGAUAGCCUUCUAUGAUGACAAGAAGGGGAUGCUGCCGGUGAGCGGGUCAUCGGAGAUGUUGAAGAUCCCCAGCCCAGCAUCCACGCCUUCCACGCCCAGCAAAGAGCUCUUGCCAGAAAUGAAGAUCACCCACCCAGCUGGCUGUUUCUCCCAGUUCAUCAAGUUCUUCGGAGAACAGAUCUACACGCUGUGGAAGUUUGCCCUACUGCAGAAGCGCAUCCUCUUCUUCUCUCCUCCGCCCAUUGGGGUGGUGUGUUACAGAGUGUACUGUGCUUGUUGUCUUGGUAACCACAAUAUACAAGGGCUUACACGACAUGACUUCCGGCCUCACUUCUAUGUGAAUGUAGCUGAUAUUGAGGCAUUGGAGAAUGAAGUGACAUAUAUAGCUUGCACUACAGAGAAGAUAUUUGAGAGCAAGACCCAUCUAUAUGAUGUGUACAUAGACAACCAGAUGGUUAGGGCACACACACCUGCGCUCAAAGACCUACUUAAAAUCAGCGAUGCUGACAGGGAAAAAUAUGCCAAACUCAACAAUCAAAGAUCCUCCUAUGUAUUCUCCCUACAAGAAGCAGGGGAGCAGGUGAUUGAUGAAGAGGAGUUCUUCUCAAAUUUUUUCACAGAACUCAACGACAGGCUCUUCCAAACCCUUCUGGACAUCUCAUGUUCACAAGAUCGCCAGUUGACCUCUGACCACAUGAAAAGCAUGGGCCUUGACCCUGUGGGUGACCGCACAUUCCUCAUGGAGCUGGUGGAGCAUUAUGGGAUAGAUGUUGUCUUAAUGGUGGAUAACCCAUGCUGUCCCAAAUAGUCGGUCUCCACAACACACUCCCCCGUGCUAGAGUUACAUUUCUUUGAGCCGUGAUGUAAUAAGGUGCUGCCAGUUUUUGAAACAAUUUUGAAUAUUUGAUUAAGUUAUUUAUGCAUGUUAGGGGCCUGUUGUGAACACAAUAUGGCCCUGUUAAGAUUGUUAGGAUCAAAUGUGAACCUUUAAGCUGGAAUCCUGUUUUCAGAGCAGUUAUUUCAAGGACAACCGGAAUCGGCAUUAUUCAUGCUACAACCGAAUGAAGUAUUUCAGAAUAGAAACAGUGUUUUAAAAUGGCAGCAAGUCCUAAGUACAUAGUGCUUUAUGUUAUAGACAAACAUGUGAACUUUCAAAAACUGAUACAUCUGAAUAGUAUUGCCCUCCACAAUGCAAUAUGGAUGCCAAUAUUUCAUUAUACAAAAACAUUUGUAUCAUUCCAUUAAAAUGGGUUACAAAAUUGUUACAUGUAACCAACCGUCCAUCACAAAAUGCUUUUAACUAAAUUCAUGAAAAUGAUGCAUUAAAAUACUUUAUUCUGA